ACGACCACGUUCACGUCCACGUCCGCGACCACGUUCACGUCCACGUCCAAGUCAACGACCACAUCCACGUCCACGACCACGUUCACGUCCACGUCCACUACCACGUUCACAUCCACGUCCGCGACCACGAUCACGUCCACGUCCGCGACCACGUUCACAUCCACGUCCACGACCACGUUCACGUCCACGUCCAAGUCAACGACCACGUCCACGUCCACGACCACGUUUAAGUCCACGUCAACGACCACGUCCACGUCAACGACCACCUCCACCUCCACAUCAACGACCACGACCACGUCCACAUCCACGACCAUGACCACGACCACGUCCACGACCACGUCCACGACCACGACCCCUACCGCGACCACGACCACGACCACGACCCCUACCGCGACCACGACCACGACCACGUCCACGACCCCUACCACGACCACGUCCACGACCACGACCACGACCACGACCACGACCGCGACCACGA